AUGAAGGCUACCCUCGUUGGACCCGCAAUCUUCGACAAGGAGUCUGCUCCUUCUACACUACCCAUUAUUUCUGGGAAUCAUGGUGACGAUCACCGCCUACCGCCUAGGCCUCCAUCUGUCUGCGACACAUGCUGGAAGGGUCCCUUCGCCGCACACUUUGGUCUUCCCUGCGCGUCACCUCAGGAUGGUCAAUGGUACCGGACCUGGCCAGAGGAGAUAUCGUACUCAACCUCCAAGGCAACUUUGGCGUCUCGCGCCGAUGCGGGCUGCGUAUGGUGCCAGUUUCUCCUCCGCCAAGCAGGCGACAACGAGUUCCCCGAUAUGUGGAUCAUCACGGUACGGGGCACUCUGGAGAAAUGGGAUGAUUCGCAUGCACACCUUCAGUGGAUAUAUCUGCAAAUCAAUGGAGUGGCGAUCUUUGACGGAUUUGUGUACACGGCACCAGAUAAUUCUGCAGCGCCUUACAUUACAACCCGAAGCCCCGUGCUAGACGUAGGAUCUCCUCAUGCACUGGCCCUGGCAAGACAGCAGGUCGACGAGUGCGUUCACAGGCACGAGUGCUGCGCAAUCGUCGCGUCCCCUGGCCCUCGAUUCCCCUCGCGCCUCGUAGACUGCUCCAAUCCCGCUCGACCACGGUUGGUGUCAACAACCCAACAACACGGUGAAUACGUUGCACUCAGCUACGUGUGGGGCGGGGACCAAGUACACAAGACCACGACAUCAAACCUUUCCAUGUACGAGCAAGGUAUCGCUCCAUCUCUUCUCCCCGCCACCAUCCGCGACGCGAUCUACGUUACGCAUACCCUGCGCUUUUGGUGGCUCUGGAUCGACAGUCUCUGCAUUGUGCAAGACUCGGAUGAGGACAAGCGGCACGAAAUUGGCCGCAUGCACCAUAUCUAUCGCUAUGCGCACCUGACGAUCAUGGCCGCCAGCGCGAACGGAGCCGAGGAGGGGUUCCUCCAGCAGCGACCACGCCGACUUAUUGAUCUUGCGCUACCCUUCAUCUGCCCCCCACAUUCUCGGGCCCCGGACGACGUUCUGUUAGCGCGGCCACAGGUCGGCCAAGUGUACCUCGCUUCGACCCACACGGCAAACAGGUGGUACAGCGACGACCUCGGGAGCAUGUCCACGCGCGCCUGGUGCUUGCAAGAGUACCUCAUGUCCCCGCGCGCCCUCAUCUUCACCUCCGAAACGCUCCAGUUCAGAUGCCGUGCCACCAAGGAGGCCCGCCGGAAUAUCGGCAACUCGCUCCGGCGCAUGUUGGACGACCCCCGGCUGCCCGACACGCUCUUCCUCCACGACCCGCCUGUAGCAGAGCCCAGUUCCGCCGAGUGGAAGGCCGUGCGCGUAGCUUGGAUGGAGGUGGUGAAGGAAUACAGCCGCCGUAUAGCGACCGUCGAGUCGGACAAGCUUCUCGCGUGCGCUGCGGUCGCGGAGCAGUUCCACUAUGUCUUAGGCUGCGAGUACCUUGCGGGCGUGUGGCGCUCGGACACGCUCCUCACGGACUUGCUAUGGGGCGCCGAUAAGCUCGGGGCAGAGGCGGUCGGACACCAACAUUCUCGCCCAACGGCGUACCGCGCGCCGUCGUGGUCCUGGGCUGCCAUCGAAGGUGUCAUCUACGUCAGAGCGGCCGGCCCGUUUCCGUUCACUUUGGACUUGGAACUCGAAGACACCAGAUCAGUCUCCCUCGCGAAGAUCAUCGAGUGCCGCGUCACCCUCGAAGAUGCGUCGCUUCCCUUUGGGCGAGUCACGGACGGGGCCCUCGUCCUGAGUGGAGCGCUGAUACCUUGCCGUGGCGGAUCCGCUGAAAAGAUCGAGCUCUUCUGGACCGUACCUCUCCCGUCACUCGAGCAAGCACGACGGCAGCAAUGUGGACUUGGCGGCCCAAACGCGGACUCCGAAGAAGACGAAGUCGAUUCGACAAACGGAGAACACCACGCAGUUGUUACCAUGGACUGCGAUGCGGAUGACUUGGAACUGCCAGGAACGAUGUGGCUUGCCCCGUUCGGCCCCUCCGAUAUCAACUAG